AUGUCCGAGCAAACUUACGGGCUUGUUACCUCUGUGUUUUCGGUCGGUGGUCUUAUCGGGGCGGUCUCCGCCGGCUCCAUCGCCGACACAUAUGGACGGAAACGGACUGCCAUGUUCAACUCCAUUGGAUUCAUCAUCGGCCCCAUUCUUAUGGCUCUUGCUACUAAUGUUACCACCUUAAGUCUUGGGCGUGUUAUCUCGGGCCUCAGCGCUGGCAGUUCCGUAGUCAUUGCACCCCUAUACAUUCACAGUGUUGCCCCUGUCGAAUAUGCCGGUACUUUCGGAGCUUCUACACAGGUCAUAAUCAACCUUGGUAUUCUCGUCGCCCAAUUCCUUGGCCUGUUCCUCUCUACGGUGCCUUAUUGGCGUAUCAUCCUCGCCGUCGGUGGGUUCAUUGGUCUAUUACAAUGCUUACUCUUGCCAUUCUGUGUCGAGUCCCCCAAAUGGCUUGCCUCGGUUGGGAAUAGAGAGUUGGCAUACCGGUCACUUGUAAAGUUGCGCGGACGAAGCGAUGUUGAUGAUGAACUUGUGUCAUUUGGCGACAUUAGAAGUCCGGAUGGGGACGACAAUCUUGACGAUGCCACUCCGAACCAAAGGCUCCUAGGCCAGCCAAUGGAAGCCACGGCCCCUACAACUCCUAAAAUAACACUUUACCAGUUCAUGACUAUGGCCGACUAUCGACGACAGCUCAUUGCAGUCGUUGGUAUCAUGAUUGCACAGCAGUUUAUGGGAAUCAACGCUAUCAUCAUGUACGGCGUUUCAAUCCUUGGGGAUAUAAUCCCGACUGGAGCGACUCUCAUCAAUGUGAUUGUUUCUCUCCUAAACCUCUUCGUUACAGCGAUAGCCGCAAGAAUCAUCGACAAGGUUGGUAGAAAGCCACCUUUACUUCUAUCUAUCGUGGGUAUGGGUAUAUUUUCGGCAUUACUAGGCACUGGGAUCAUAUUCAAAAUCCAGAUUCUUUCAGGAAUCUCGACCCUUUUGUUCGUCUCCAGUUUCGCGAUUGGGCUCGGCCCACUUCCCUUUAUGAUUGCCUCAGAAUUAGUAGGCCAUGAAGCCGUAGGAGCGGCUCAGAGUAUCGGCCUAACCACUAAUUGGUUGACUACAUUUGCUGUUGCGUCUGGAUUUCCUUUGCUACGAGCAGUAGUAGGUAACGGAGAGGUUUUUUUUAUUUUCAGUGCUAUCUCACUAGUUUCUUUCCUCUUUGUAUCGAGAUACAUACCAGAAACCAAGGGGAGGACGGUAGACGAAGUCUGGGGCUAUGCUAGACAUGUUGACUAG